AUGAAGCACGAGGAUGGCGAUGCCCAUGUGUAUGAUCAACCAGAACCGGAUUGGGUGAGCAGUUCGUUAAAAUGUUAUCAUGAUACAAUCCGUGCAGUCGGUCAAGACCAGUCUGAGGUCAGAUCUAAGUCCGGAUGCCCGGCCGGUUUUCCUCUAAUUACGACUGAAGCCUCGAUUACUGCCGACUGUCUGGACUUUCUGUUCGAUAAUCCCGAAGCGGAAUCCACACUGACCGGCCCGUUGGCCCCAAGCGCGUUGACCGCACUUUUAAACAGUCUGGCUCAACGUGUCCCAUACCCACGACUGAGUGAGGCAUUACACUGUGUCCAAUUGACCUGGGAUCACGUGUUGGCCAUGUUAGCUCGCUAUCGAUCUGACUGUAUAGUACUACAAGCGAAUUUGGCCGAGGCAAAAUCCCACGCGGAUCGCAUUCAAUGUCAGUUGAAUCAAAUCGAUGCCAAUUGGACAGCAGCCAUGAGAGCAGCGUGGUUAGCCGAUGCCUCUUUGGAGAUUAUUGAUUCUCUGAAUCAGCUGUAUGCCACUGAGCUGGCUAUUAUGCUUUAUCGUCAAACGAAGAAAUCGUUCCUGGCCGCCCAAGCUUUCUCCACCUUGUCCUCUUCCACCUCCUCAUCUUCGAUCCCUCGUCGGGGUAAAUCCGUUCAAAUCACAUGUUCCACUCGUCGUCCCGUAAUCCAUGGAUCCGGAGGUCCCGGUCGACCAACCCAAUCUUCCAAUCCCUCGUCCCUUUCCUCUUGUUCCGCAGUCGCCUUGGCCAAUCCAUCCUCUCCGCAACAUCCGUAUGCGAUCUACGCGGUCCCCGGCUACGCGGGCACGGAUUAUGAUGUCCAUACAACCCCAUCAGGCCCGAUCACCGCGCAGUUCACAUUGAAUUUGCGUACACUUCAAUCUUUCAGAUAUCAAGCCGAAAUAUCUGCACAGGCUCUACUAGAUCGAUAUGAACAAUUGGAUUCCAACACCCCAGACCGAUUCUAUCCAACCGUAUCCUCUACCUCCACCGGUCCAGGUGGUCCCGGAGGUAAUGCUGUAGUCACUGGCAACGGUGGAAUAACAUCUGCCUCACUUAAUCGAGCCUUAUCCCGAACGCAAAAUAUGGCCCCGAUCAGUCCCGGUCUCCUGUCAAUUCACUCACCUCUCGGUCCACCAGUUCCUUCCACACAAAGUUUGACCGGGUCUAGUGUGUACGCUAAUUCGUGGUAUGUGAGUCUUGGACGCCUCGGUCGAUCCAAUAACGGACCUACACCUGCCCCAGAACAGACAUCCAUCGGGAGCGGUGGUCUGGGAUCCGGUUAUCUGAUCAAUCAGAACAAAUUAACCAAUCUCAACUAUCCCCUUGGUCGUGGUUCGACUAAAUCGAUUCCUCAUCCACAUCCUACCGGAGUUGGUGUUGGGGGGAUUGGUAACGGUACAGGUGUUGGAACACCGGGUGUUAUUAAUUCCACCAAUGGAUGCGGUGGUUGGCAAACACCAGACUCGGGGGCCGGAAGCAGUAGUACUCAUGAAGUCACUCAGCCUGUCCUCUUCCCCACCGUUUUCCCGCCUGGUCUGAUCGAGUUGGGCGCAUACGACACAGUGCUCGAUCUGAUGCCUCCCGUUUUAAUUCAUCCCAACGCGACCGGAGACGGUCACGUGCAUUCAUCAUUCUGUGAUACCGAUUCCGACUCGUCGGAUUCAUCUGACGGAGAUCCUGGGGCCGAAUUGGCCCCAAUUCACCCCAAUAUCCCGGCCUCGGUAACUGGUUUGACGUCGGUCGGCCAGUCGACCGGUACGGGUCCACCGAAUGAGUCCACCCAAUCCACACCGAUACCGAUCAGUACAGGCUGGUCCCGUUCGGACGAACGAAAACUGCGAGUAUUAUUGCAUCAACUGAUUCACAGUCGACGGGUGUUGCGAUCGACUAUUGUGGAACAGUUGCCCUCCAACCUGACCGAUGAUGAUGGACUCAGUGAUGGCCAUCAGUCAGUGAGCAGAGAAUCGUUUCCGACGGGUUUCGCGAUUCACGCAUUCCCUAAUCUGUUCCAGUUCGGUGGCGUUCCGCUUCAAUUUCAAUCUCGAAACCGAAAUAAUCGCAUAUCGGUGACAAUGUCAACCAAUCGGGGUGUUGAGAAAGACUGUCCACGAUACGCAGAACGUUGA